AUGGAGGGACAGCUGAAAGAAGACGAGGCCGAGGUCGCAGAGCAUUGGUUUUCUAAGUGGGAGCGUCAAUGCCUGAACGCAGCCGACCAGGAAGAGCAGCUGCUCACCGAGAUGCAAGGCAAGGAGGCUGAGGAAGACGCGCUGGGGCCUAAGAUCGAGCAGCAGAAGCUGUGGCACCUCUUCCAGAUCUCAGCCACCUCCGUGGCCCAGCUCUACAGAGGCUCAGGGUGCCCACAGCCGGAACACUCCAUGUGGGACCCCUUCCAGAGUGCAGCCAUGGCUGUGACCAGCCUCUAUAAAGAGAGCGGGAAGGCCCACCAGCGAAGUUUUGACCUGGGCGUACAGGUUGGUUGCCAGCGUCGCAUCAAAGAUGUGCUGGAUUGGGUGAAGAAGGGCCGAAGCACUAUUCUCCGCGAAGAUCUGAUUAGCUUCCUGUGUGGUAAAGUGCCCCCGGCUCCUCCACCACUGCGUACUCCCAGGACUGCCCCAAAGCCUCCUGCCGCUGCCUCCAGCCAAGCUGUGGCCACCGAAUCCACCUCCUCGGUAGACGUCGACUUGCGGCCUUUCCACGAGGCCAUCGCCCUGCAUGGCCUCAGUGGCGCCAUGGCGACCAUCAGUGUGCAGUCUGGCCCAUCCAACUCUCCAUCUCAAGCCAGUGGUGUUUCCGGCAGUGUCACUAGCGAUGGUCUCCAGAAAAGUGCCAUCCUUGAGGACGAUUUGAACUCCAGCGACUCAGAAGAUCUGGCCCUCCGCCUGGCCAGUGGGGGGACCCGCAAACGCACCUCGGCCCAGUGCGGUGAUGGCGUCGCAAACUCCCCAACCCACAAGCGCCACCGAAUGGUCUAA